CGCAAAGUGAUUGAUAUCUAUGGCGUUAUUUUUUAAGAAAUCGCUAGAUUAAUAACUACUGAUUUGAUUCAAUGCAAAAUAUCCAAAACAUUAUGACUAUACAAUUUGUAAAUUGUAAUUGUAUCAAUUAAUUCUCCAAGUGUAGAGUUAAAUGUGUAAACAUGAGUUUUUCCAUUGAUGAAGUGAAUUUUCUCGUGUAUCGAUACUUACAGGAGUCCGGAUUCCAUCAUUCAGCUUAUACAUUUGGAAUUGAAUCACAUAUAUCCCAAAGCAAUAUAAAUGGAGCCUUAGUUCCGCCGGCAGCAUUGUUAAAUAUUCUGCAGAAGGGUUUGCAAUAUACCGAAGCCGAAAUAACUAUAGGAGAAGAUGGAACUGAAACACGUCUUACAGAGAGCCUGAGUUUAAUUGAUGCUGUAACUCCAGAUAUUGUUUCCACUCGUCAAAAUGCUCAUAAUGCUCAAAAGCAAGCUAAUAAAGAACCAGGUUCUGGUGGAGAACAAAACGGAGUUGAUGGAACAGCAUGUAGUGCAGCAUCAACUACAGGAGGUACAGUAACACCAAAUGUACCAGAAAAUAUGGAUGUUGAUCAAUCAAUCGAAAUACCAGCAAGCAAGGCGACAGUACUACGAGGACAUGAAUCUGAAGUGUUUAUUUGCGCUUGGAAUCCAAGCACUGAUUUAUUGGCUAGUGGCUCAGGAGAUAGUACUGCUCGAAUAUGGGACAUGUCAGACAAUCCAGCAACUACCCCUAAUCAGCUUAUAUUAAGACAUUGUAUUCAAAAAGGUGGAGCUGAGGUGCCCAGCAAUAAAGAUGUUACCUCAUUGGAUUGGAAUUGUGAUGGUAACUUAUUGGCAACUGGAUCAUAUGAUGGCUAUGCAAGAAUCUGGACAACUGAUGGCACAUUAGCAUCUACCUUGGGACAGCACAAAGGUCCUAUAUUUGCACUUAAGUGGAAUAAGAGGGGAAAUUAUAUCUUAAGUGCAGGGGUUGACAAGACAACAAUUAUAUGGGAUGCAGCAUCAGGCCAAUGCACUCAACAGUUUUCUUUCCAUGCAGCACCAGCUCUUGAUGUUGAUUGGCAAACAAACAACUCAUUUGCUUCAUGUUCAACUGACCAAUGUAUUCAUGUUUGCAGAUUACAUGUUGACAAACCAAUAAAAAGUUUCAAGGGACAUACGAAUGAAGUCAAUGCAAUAAAAUGGGACCCACAAGGACAACUCCUUGCAUCAUGUUCAGAUGACAUGACAUUAAAAAUAUGGUCCAUGAAACAAGACACGUGGGUUCAUGACCUGAAGGCACAUUUGAAAGAAAUAUACACCAUAAAGUGGUCUCCUACUGGUCCUGGAACACAAAAUCCUAAUAUGAAUUUGAUCUUAGCCAGUGCAUCAUUUGAUUCUACGGUGCGCUUAUGGGACGUGGAAAGAGGAGUUUGUAUUCAUACUCUAACUAAACAUACUGAACCAGUUUACAGUGUAGCAUUCUCUCCCGAUGGAAAAUUUUUAGCCAGUGGCUCCUUUGACAAGUGUGUUCACAUUUGGUCUACGCAGACAGGUGGGCUGGUACAUUCUUAUAAGGGGACGGGUGGCAUUUUUGAAGUAUGCUGGAAUUCAAGAGGUACAAAAGUAGGUGCCAGUGCGAGUGAUGGAAGUGUUUUUGUCCUAGAUUUACGCAAAUUGUAAUAUAUUUCUAAUUUAAAUUUUAGCAAUUAGAGUCGAUUAAUUGUGAACUGAUGAUUGUAUUGCUGUACGGUAGAUCCAAAUUCACAAUUGCUAUUGCAAGACAUCAUAAUAUGUAGAGUAUUAAUAAGAAAUACUAUGUAGUAUACUUAAUUAUAGAUAUUAUUUUAAUUAAAGUGUUUUUGUUAUAAAAACUUGAUAUAAAGACGGGAAGAAUUUUUUUUAUUGCUGUAUUAGUUUCGCAAUCAAUAUUGGAAAAGAAUUGAACUCCAAGAAUUUUAUUUUUAUCUCAAUUUAAUAUAAUUUCUAUAUGUAACACUUCUAUUUAGCAUUACAUAAAACAUGUUUAAAGAAGAAAUAGGCCUAUUGUAAUAGGCAUAAGCUUUAGAAAAAUAUGCAACUUAUUCAACUAUAAAACUUUUUAUAUUAUA